CAUCACUAAAUGAUAUCAAUUGGUCAGUUCAACUGUCGCGAUUUGUCAGUCAUAAGUGCAUGUGAGGCGCAGAUCUCGGCUUUUUUGAAAAUGUUGUUCUACUCAUUUUUUAAGUCCUUAGUUGGGAAGGAUGUGGUGGUGGAACUAAAGAAUGAUUUAAGUAUCUGUGGCACUCUUCACUCAGUUGACCAGUAUCUGAACAUCAAACUAACAGACAUUAGUGUUACUGACCCAGAAAAGUACCCACACAUGCUGUCCGUGAAGAACUGCUUCAUUCGAGGAUCAGUAGUACGGUAUGUUCAGCUUCCUGCUGAUGAGGUGGAUACCCAGUUACUUCAAGAUGCAGCACGAAAGGAGGCUGUGCAGCAAAAGCAGUAGAUUUGUUUGUUUUUUGUUUCUUUUGGAUUAGAAAUACAUUAUUUCUUGAACAGCAUAAUCAGUUUUUGUAUGUUUAAUUCAUUUAUACUAUUCUCCUCACCUUCCCACUCCCACAAGUAUUAAAAAGAACAAUCCAAUUGAAAUGUUUGUUUAUAAUGUUAUGUUGCAAUACUUUUUUUUUGUUAAUCCCAGCAUUGUAUUCUGUUAAGUAAAUUCAGUUUGAUUUUUGAAAUAAAAUACAGAUAAAGAGAAGAGCUGUUACAUUAACAUGUUUUUUAGUUCUGUAUUUUUCCCCCAAAUAUUUUGUUUAUUAGAUUUAUCUAUCCUUUUUUUCAAUCCUUCUUCACUAUGGUUAUCAGUUAUGCAUUUAGCUAAAACAAGUGUGUGAUGCUUGUAUAAAAAAAAAA